CCUCGUAGCGUAAGGCUCCGGUGUAUCGGUGUUUCGAAAUUCCAACGGCAAAGCAACCGCAACGACCACCCGUCCCGUCGUCCGCAAAAGGUCGUUGGAUUGGAAAACGGAUUUUAGCCGAGCUUUGCGCUUAACGAGCAUCAUCAUCAGCACUGCGCCGCGCUGCGGCAAUUGGGUGGAGCUGUGGAUGUGCUGGUAGAUUAUCGUGGGGUUUGCUGCUAGACGGUUAGAACCAGUUUGCUUAGGAACGGAUGAAUUGCGUUUUAAUGUGAAAUACGCGCCAACGGAAUGUAAUUUGCAGCACAGUAAUCAAGCGCUAUGAGAACAAUGAUGUCACAUGCAGUGAUUAUCAAUGGUAAAACAGUGCAAACAUUAAAUUGGAGAGUGGUGUAAGGAUUUCAAUCACAAGUGAUGAAGUUGUUCAUAGUCUUCCUCCUCGUCCAUUCGUGCAUUCGUUUCACUGGCAGUGACGAUUCGAAAUGCAGCACAGAAUAUCGUGACGCUUGCACACUCAACACCUUCACCAUCGGUAAUGAUAGCUGGAUCGACCAGCUACCAACGAUCACAUCAGUCGGUAAGCCGAAAACAACGAUCAUUAAGCAAUGCCUUCUAACGGAUCGCGUUACCGUACAAAACGUCAUGGAAUUGGCCAGCCAGCUAUUCACCGAACUCACCAUCCAAAGCUACCACGAACAGGCGCUCUCCCUAACGCCUCGUUUGGCCAUUGAGACACUGGAGCUGCAAUCGGCACCGACAUUAAAGCACCUUACCAUUCUGCCCAACCCUCACCUUCGAUCGCUGUACAUCGUUAACAGCGCUGUGCGUCGCAUCCCCGACACGAUCGUCAAUCUGCGUAAUCUACAGUUUCUCGGCAUUGAAAAAUCCUUCCUACGUCUGCUAGACCUCAGCGUGAUGUGCUAUCUUCCCAGGCUGGCCACACUGCAGGUGUUGCGGAAUCACAUCAGCUUACUACUGCCCGUGCAUGAGUCUUCCUGUGUUAACUCGCUGCGCGAUCUGCACCUGGAUUACAAUCAGCUUACCACGCUGGACAUUGCCGUGCUUGCCCCAUUUACUGUACUGCAGCGAUUGCUUCUACAGCACAAUCGUAUGCAUUCGCUCUUUGCCUCGCAGCCCACUUCUUUCCCACUGCUCCAAGAGCUACAGCUAGGACCGGGUAACAACUUUACGUGGAUUGAGUUUGAGCAGCUAGAUCUUCCGGAGACACUGACCGCCAAUCUACCAGGCAAUCAGUUUCAGCAGCUCCCAACAAUUAGGAACGCAAACCUGCCCAAUCUGCAGCGUAUUUACCUCGAUGGCAAUCAGCUCAGCACGAUCGAUUUGGCACAGUUGCAGGAGCACCAGCAGCUAAAUGGGAUUGAUUUCUCCCGCAACCGAUUGCGCACGGUUACAGCUAGCGAGCUGAUACAUCUGCCCAAUCUAACAUCGAUUGAGCUGGUGGAUAAUAUGCUCGAGUUGUUUUCGCUAGUCAACUGUAGCUUUCCUCAGCUGAACUACCUUUACCUGAAGGGCAAUCGGUUGCAGUUUGUACCAGCAGAGGUGUACAUGAGCGAGCUGUCACCGACGUUCAUGCUGAACUUGGAAAAGAACCCAUUACGUUGUGCGUCGGUGCAGAGCUACUUAAAUCUAAUAAGCAUUACCACUAUCAAUCCACCACUGAUAGUCACAAUUGCGCGAAAGUGUGCAACAAUGAACUACAACGGCUCGAUAUCGUUGGAUAAAUGGAAUUCCGCCUGCUGUAUGAACGCACCUUGAGGUGAGGCGAUCUUUAAAAAGGAAGGGCAGCAAGACGGCGAUGUUAUUGUCCUAAGUGUGAGCUGUAAUAAAUCAUUUAA